AUGAGAACAUUUACAAGUUUCAAUCAGCCAUUAUUAUUUCAUGGCUCAAGGGCGGUAUUGAACAAAGAAAACAAGGAUCCAGAGAAAAAGCAGGAUCAAGAAGGAAAUAAAGAGAAAGAUGAGGAGAAAUCAAAACCAGAAGAGAAGGAACAGGGCAAGAACAAGAAGAAGGAUAUGGAUCAAGACGAGAAAGAUAUUCGAGACCAAAUUAGAGAAAAUCUCAAGAAAAAGAACCCUAAUCUAGAUCCUAAUAAUAUCAAAAUAUACCAGCUCGAUAACAAGUCGCUAGCUCGUGCAUUUGCAGGGAUUUUUUUCUUUUCACUUUUCCUUACAUUUCUCCUUGCGUCAAACCAACGAAACGAAAACGAGUUAUCGUUCCAGGACUUCAAGACGAACUACCUUGAGCGUGGUUUAGUUACCAAGUUGACGGUUGUGAAUAAGUUUGCUGUUGAGGCCCAGUUAAUUCAAGGGGCUGUAUCGGAUCAAACGUUCCAGACUUUCAGCGGUCACCCAGCUGUAGUUUUCACCAUCGGAUCGGUCGAAUUUUUCGAAGAGGAAAUGAGUAAUAUUCAAGAAAGUUUGGGGAUCCCAAUAGAUGAAAGAUUACCUAUCUCAUAUGAAGAAAGAGGAUCGUGGAUGAAUUACAUUUUGCCAAUUUUGCCUACCGUUUUAUUAAUUGGUGGUUUAUGGUAUAUGACUGUAAAAAGAGCGUCUUCCCAAGGUGGUGCAGGUGCUGGUGGGCCAGGUGGUAUUUUCAAAGUUGGAAAGUCGAAAGCCAAAUUAUUCAACCAGGAAGCUGAAGUCAAAAUUAAAUUUAAGGAUGUUGCUGGAUGUGAGGAAUCCAAAGAAGAAAUUAUGGAAUUUGUGAAGUUUUUACAAGAUCCUACGAAGUACGAAAAAUUGGGUGCCAAAAUCCCAAGAGGUGCCAUCUUGUCAGGUUCCCCAGGUACCGGUAAAACCUUGUUAGCAAAAGCGACUGCUGGUGAAGCAGGUGUUCCUUUCUUAUCUGUUUCCGGUUCCGAGUUCGUGGAAAUGUUUGUUGGUGUCGGUGCUUCUAGAGUUCGUGAUUUAUUCAAAACUGCUCGUGAGAUGGCCCCGGCUAUCAUUUUCGUCGAUGAAAUUGAUGCUAUUGGUAAAGAAAGAGGUAAUGGUAAAAUGGGCGGAAAUGAUGAAAGAGAAAAUACUUUGAACCAGUUAUUGGUUGAAAUGGAUGGGUUUGACACCGGUGACCAUGUUGUGGUCUUGGCAGGUACUAAUCGUCCAGAUGUUUUGGAUAAGGCUUUAUUGAGACCUGGUAGAUUCGAUAGACAUAUUUCUAUUGAUAUUCCUGACGUCGAAGGUCGUAAAGAAAUUUUCAAGGUUCAUUUAUCUAAAUUAACUUUGAAAUGUGAUGAAGAUAUCAAGGCUACUCAAAAAGAUGUUGAUUUCAACAAAUACCAAGAAUUAAAGGCUGAUGCUAUUAACAACUUGGCAGGCAGAUUAAGUGCUUUGACUCCUGGUUUUGCUGGUGCUGAUAUUGCUAAUUGUUGUAAUGAGGGUGCUUUAAUUGCUGCUAGAGAAGAUGCACUUUCUGUUGAUACGCAUCACUUUGAGCAAGCGAUUGAAAGAGUUGUUGCAGGGUUAGAGAAAAAAUCUCGUAUCUUGAGUCUUGAAGAAAAGAAGACUGUCGCAUAUCAUGAAGCUGGACAUGCCAUCUGUGGUUGGUUCUUACAAUUUGCCGAUCCAUUAGUUAAAGUCUCUAUUAUUCCAAGAGGUCAAGGUGCCUUAGGUUACGCUCAAUAUUUACCUAAAGAUCAGUAUUUGGUUUCAAAGGAACAGUACAAACAUAGGAUGAUUAUGACAUUGGGUGGUAGAGUUAGUGAAGAGUUGCAUUUCGAUACAGUGACUAGUGGUGCAUCGGAUGAUUUCAAGAAAAUCACGCAAAUGGCUCAACUGAUGGUAUUGAAGUUAGGAAUGUCAGAUAGCAUUGGUAGUAUUUAUUACGAUACGGGUGAUAAUGAGGGCGGAUUUAAAGUUCAUAAUAACUAUUCGGAAACUACCGCAAGAUUGAUCGAUACUGAAGUUAGAAAUUUCGUAGACGAGGCAUAUGAAGCUUGUCAUAAAUUGUUGACUGAAAAAAUCGAAUUAGUUGAUAAAGUAGCUGAAGAAUUAUUUAAAAAAGAAGUAUUAACAAGAGAAGACAUGAUCAGACUUGUUGGUCCAAGACCAUUCCCAGAACGCAAUGAUGCCUUUGAUAAGUAUAUUAAAGGUAAGGAUGCUUUCAAGGGUAAACCAAAGAAUCCUAAUGCCGAAGAAAAGACCGAUAAUUAG